AUGGCCACCGACGAGCUGGCCACCAAGCUGAACCGGCGGCUGCAGAUCGAGGACGGCGGUGAGGGCUCUGAUCACGAACAGGGGCAAGAGCAGCGGCCACAGCCCGGGCUCAACGGGGCCGCAGCCGGGCCAGGGCCCGGGGCGCCCGAUGAGCCCGGGGACCCGCUGGCCAGCGCGGACUGUGAGCUCAGCGCCAAGCUGCAGCGGCGCGCCGACCUCAACCAGGGCAUUGGCGAGCCCAUGUCCCCCAGCCGCAGGAUCUUCAAUCCCUACACCGAGUUCAAGGAGUUCUCCAGGAAACAGAUCAAGGACAUGGAGAAGAUGUUCAAGCAGUAUGAUGCUGGCCGAGAUGGCUUCAUUGACUUGAUGGAACUGAAGCUCAUGAUGGAGAAGCUCGAAGCUCCCCAGACACACCUGGGUCUGAAAAACAUGAUUAAAGAAGUAGACGAGGAUCUGGACAACAAAUUGAGCUUCCGAGAGUUCCUCCUGAUUUUCCGGAAGGCGGCAGCAGGGGAGCUCCAGGAGGACAGUGGACUUCACGUUCUCGCCCAGCGCUCUGAAAUUGAUGUCUCAACAGAAGGAGUUAAAGGAGCCAAGAACUUUUUUGAAGCCAAAGUCCAAGCAAUCAAUGUCUCCAGCAAGUUUGAGGAAGAGAUUAAGGCCGAGCAGGAGGAGCGGAAACGGCAGGCCGAAGAGCAGAAACAGAGAAAAGCUGCCUUCAAGGAGCUGCAGUCAGCCUUCAAGCAGUGAGCAGGAGCAGGUCGGGGCCCGGCCACCCCCUCCAUGCCUUUUGCCCCACUGGAAGCUCCAAGGAAUGCUGUCAAAGAUAGGCCAAGUAGCUCAUGGUUGACGGACCAAUUCUAAGAGCUGUUGCCUGUGAAUGAUGAGCCCAUCUGGGCCUCAGCCCAAACUCCCAAGUCCUGCCUGUUUGCUCUUCCUGUUCUCCCCAAUUGCAAAUAUAGCCAUUACCACCGGCAUCUUCACCUCCCUCCUCUCGGAACUCUGCCCAGUCCAGGAAAUCCCCUGUGAAUGUUAGUCCUGCCUCCCUGUCUUCUGGACCCUCAGGACUCCUCUGAAGCUCCCAGUGCAUGGGCAAUCCCUUGAGAACAUGCCUUUUUUGACCAGGUCUGGGCACAGACCUCCUCCCUUUCUCUCACCCACCCCUUUUCUUCCUCCUCCUCCCAUACCCUCAUCUUAUUUUUCCUUCUCCGUCCCCUGCCAACUGUCUCAAAGCCAGCGCCAUAUAGGACCCUCAGAGUUCAAUAAGGUCUCUAACCCCCUCCUCUGGAGCCAGUUCCAUCUCUGGAAUGCAAGAAAGGAGAAAGGACUUGGCAAUCAUUCACCAGGAAGUCAAGGAACAGAGAGGGGUGACCAAGAUAGAUGGAGCAUAGAUCAGCACCCUGGAUUAGAAGAGACUUCAGAAGACAUUGAAUCUAACCCCUUCAUUUUACAAAUAGGGAAACUGAGGCCUAGGAAACCUGUGACUUGCCCUAGAUGUCCCCAGCAUUUCUCACAAAGGCUUCUUUCCCUGCCCCCAGAUCUGGCAAGAAAGCCUUGAAGCCCCAUGAUGGCAGUUCAGAUCAUGGUGAUUAUAUCCUGAUGUUAUGGGCACCAGGCCUCCCGGGCCCUGAGAUUUAACUCCUUGUAUCUAGCAUAGGUUGAGGAAGGACCAGUCUACCUCAUGGGCCCACUCUCUGCCAGGAAGUCAUCUUUUCGGAUGUCUAAGGCACAGGUGGGCACAGUGGGGCAGAAGCACCCAGCUCCCCAUUCCCCCAGGGUCUCAGUGAGGCACAGGAAUCCUGGAAGACUUAAUAAACAAGUCAGGGGAAGUGCUGGGCUGGGCUGGAGGAUGUGAGGGAGAGAGAAGAUGGAGACCAGGAGGAAUGGACUGACAGUCCCCAAAGAAAGGGAGAGGAAAAAUAGAGAUAUCACCAUUCUCCAGGCAGCAUCCAAAAAGUGCUUUUAGGUGUAUUUGCAUGCACUGUGACAUUGCAGAGCCAAAAGGUCCCCCUGAGCCCCUGGGUUCUGCCCCUUCUCCUUUCACACUUCAGACCACCAUCCAUCCAUCCAUCCAUCCAUCCAUCCAUCCAUCCGUUCAUCUCUCCAUUCACACAAAUGUGUGGUGCAACGUCCCACUGGACAUCCUUCACCGACUUGCCAGGUUGAUUUUGGUGAUCAAGACAAGUCUCAUUGUAUCCACCAGGCUGGGGAAGCAUGAGAACCCCCUGGCCUGCCUCCUAUGUGAUUCCCCCAAACCUGACGGCCUGAGCGACAGCCAGUGGUGGCCUUGCUUCCUGAGAUGUCGUUGUGUUUUCUGUCUAUGUGAUUUCUUAAUGCUGUGACCAGUUGUCAGUCAGUCAGUCGCCCAGCCGAAACACAAACCCAUCUACUCUGCCACUAAAGUUAUGCAACCUCUCUGUGUCUCUCGUGACAAUGUCACUGCUUUCUAGACUCAAUAACCCUUUAUUUUAGUAAGAUUCUCAGAAGAUCAUACUAAGCUCACUGUCGAACUUUCAGAGGUUUUAUUUUGGUAUAAAUAAUCUGCAGAAAUCAGAGAUACUAAUGAGGCAGCAACCGGGGGUCCCCCGGUGGUGUUUCCUUAGCAGAUGUCUUUGUACAGAUAACUAUAAAAUACUUUUUUCUUUCUUCCUUCCUUCCUUCCUUUCUUCCUUUCUUUUUUUUUUCUUUUGGG